AUGGAAUUGUGGAAUAGUAGUUUUAUUUUCAAAUCAAUUUUAGUUUUUGUAUUGUUUAGCUCGAUCUGUUACUGUAGUGGAGCCACAAUUGGAGCAAAAGUCAAGAGAGGUGGUAAUAAUUGGGGUAUUUAUCCACAUCCAAGAGUAGGAAGGUCUGGUAUAUACUCCAGAAUUCAAUCACCACAUGAAUUAUAUGAUUCCUCAGAUUAUUUCCAUGAAAUGAAACGACAACAGAGUUUAAUGGCAUUUCCACGUGUUGGUCGUGAUAGUCAAUCUCAUACGGAACAAAAUGCUAUGAAUGCACCUGAACAACUCAAUGGUUUAUGGUGGGGGCCACGAUUAGGACGUUUUCAAAAACGUGGUCCUGAAUUAACCGACACACCAUGGGGUUUUGUUUCAGCACAAGAUGGCCAAAAAUGGCCCCGAGGAACUGACUUCACACCAAGACUUGGACGUGAUUCUGAAGAACUUUUAGAUGAUGAUGAUUUAGAUGAAACAAAUAGAACUGUAGACAAACCAUUAAAAAAAUAAUUUAUUUUUUUAUU